UAUAUAUAACACCAUUUAUAUUUGUCUGUUAUAUCCACCAUCAUGGAUUCAUCUGCAGGUUUAGUGACCAAAUUAUGGAGCUUUAUUUCUUUCCUCCCAUUCUUCUUCUUGCUCUUUAUACUUGGUAUCAUUAAAGGUGCAUUGAUAGGUCCAAUUGCAUUUGCCCUUUUAGCUGUUGGAAAUUCAGCUGUUAUCAUUGGACUUUGGACUGCACAUGUUAUAUGGACAUACUAUUGUGUGGCAAGAACAAAGAGGUUUGGACUUGUCUUCAAAGUUGUGGUGCUGAUAUGUUUGCCUGUUCCUUUGUUACUUUGGCCAGUAGUUGGUAUUGUUGGUAGCUUUUUAGGUGGAAUUGGAUAUGGCUUUUUUGCUCCUCUUCUUGCAACUUUUGAGGCUGUUGGGGAGAAUGUUGAAGACAAAUUUCACCAUUGCUUCAUUGAUGGUUGUUGGUCAACAAUUGAAACAAGCUGCACAGUGGUUCAAGAUGUCACAGACUUUUGCUUUCACUCAUAUUUUUCAUACAUGGAUGAACUAAGAGAAAAUUUAAACCCUGAAGAUAAGCCAUUUGAUAUCAGAUUGUCACAAUUACCAUGUUGCUUGUUGGUGAUCUUGGUUGGAGUGCCCUUUGAUAUGGUUUUAAUCACAUCUAUUGCUAUAUGGAAGAGCCCUUACAUGCUGUUUAGAGGAUGGAAGAGACUGUUAGAAGAUUUGAUUGGAAGAAAGGGACCUUUCCUAGAAACUGAAUGUGUCCCAUUUGCCGGCCUUGCCAUCAUCCUCUGGCCUUUGGCUGUUCUAGGAGCUGUAUUAGCAGCUACUAUUGUCAGCCCUUUUCUUGGCCUAUACAGUGGAGUUGUUGUCCAUCAGGAGGAGUCAUUACAAAUGGGGUUUGCCUACAUUGUGUCUGUGGUUUCACUUUUCGAUGAAUAUGUGAAUGAUUUACUCUACUUGAGAGAGGGAUCCUGCCUUCCCAGGCCAGUAUAUCAUAGAAAUACGAGGCAUGUGCAUGAGAAGAAAAACCAUGAAGGAAGUGAUCAUAAUUUGAAAAAUCAGAGGGAUGGUUCACAAAAUUCAAAACAUACCUUACAACAAUCCAGAAGUAUGAAGUGGAAAAUUCAUCACUACAAACCUGUGCAGGUAUGGGACUGGCUUUUCAAGUCAUGUGAGGUAAAUGGCCGCAUAGUCCUGCGUGAUGGUCUGAUAAGCGUGAAAGAAAUUGAGGAAUGCAUUAGCAAAGGCAAUUGCAAAAAAUUAAGCCUCAAGUUACCGGCUUGGUCCUUGCUCCACUGUCUUCUAACUUCAGCAAAAUCAAAUUCAGAUGGAUUGGUUAUAACUGAUGAUGUAGCAUUGACAAGGAUGAAUGGACCAAAGGAUAAAGUGUUUGAAUGGUUUAUUGGACCUUUACUGAUCAUGAAAGAGCAGCUUAAGAACCUUGAGCUGAAAGAAAGUGAAGAAACUUGUUUGAAAGAACUUGUUAUGAGAUGCAAAAAUGAUAUACCAGAGGAUUGGGAUAGCACUGGAUUCCCAUCUACUGACAAUGUUAGAAGAGCACAGUUGCAAGCCAUAAUUAGAAGGUUGCAGGGGAUUGUGGCUUCCAUGUCCCGGAUGCCAACUUUUCGACGUAGAUUUAGGAAUCUAGUCAAGGUUUUGUAUAUAGAAGCAUUGCAGGCCAGUGCUUCUGCUAAAGAAGGCAUAAAUAUUGCUGAACCUUAGCAAGAUAAACCUUUGCAGAAGGCAAUCGGCUGGAAAUCGAUGCCUUACAGCAUAAUCUUGGACUGUUGAAAACUUUACGAAAACCGUGUAACCGAAGUUUCUUGUAAAUUCAUAAGAUUCUUGCAAAUCCUUGUUAUUU